AUGCCCGAGACGGCAAAGACAGUGCGGCUCAGCGAAGAAGUGUCUCGAGCCUCACAAGAUAGCGAUCGAAGGAGACUGAUUCGUAGCUCUUAUCAGUCGGGAAAGUCUGCUCACGCAGCAGGUACGGAACCGGCCAUUAUGGAGAAAAACACAGUACCCGAACCUUUGAGACCAGCGUCUCUUAACCCAUCAGCUCGGCAGCUAGUCCAGUGGCAGCGGCAGCCACCGCACGAGCAACUCGGAGUUACAGCUGAGCCAAUCUCGAUUGUAGACUAUUCGCCCAAUGCCUCCGCCACUUCUGUAGAGCAACAGCAGCUUCGACCGAUCUACGACCGCCACACUUCUGGAGAGUACCCAGCUUCUGCUGCAAACGAUGCUCCAGCAUCCACUCCGCACCGUAACGAGAACGAUGAUACGGCGUCCUACUUCGCAGGCAAGCCCAGAUAUAGAGCAUCCGCGCUCUCGCAAGACAAUGUAUCUUCCAAAGGCACCCUGCCAAAAUACGCACCCCUGCCGAACGGACAGCCUCGCGGCAAUCCACAGUCCAUCCUGUCCACACGACAGAAUCCUUGGGAAGUGUUCGAUCCAGACGACCGACCUGUCAGCCACGAGGGCAGCAUGGGAACACCCUCGAAGAACAAAGCCAACCGGCGUGGCACAUCCUUCUACAUUGUGCGUGAAGGAGGAAGUGACGGAAGGGGGCCGCCAGAUGAGCUCAUGCGCUUGCCGUUCACGCACUGGAUGAAGGCAUCCCUCCGUAACGAAUUUGUGGCCUUCCUCGGCGAAUUUGUAGGGACAUGCAUGUUCCUGUACUUUGCCUUUGCAGGGACCAUUGUUGCAAACGUAGGAGCUCAGAAAAGUGCGGGGGACACCACGACAAAUGCAAACGUUGGCUUCAGCCCCAUCGUCAAUCUGUAUGUGGCUGUAUCCUUCGGGUUCAGCUUGCUGGUUAAUGUAUGGGUCUUCUUUCGCGUAUCUGGGGGGUUAUUCAAUCCUGCCGUGACCCUUGGCAUGGUCAUGACCAAGACAAUUAGCUACACAAGAGGUGUGUUAUUCCAUGACAUAUGGUGCCAUCGAUAGCUGACAGCAGAGCAGGCCUCCUACUCUUCAUCGCACAGCUAUUAGGCGCUAUCUUCGCCGCUUUUCUGGUCAAUGUCAUGUUCCCAACCAACUUCAAUGUUCGCACAACGCUGGCAGACGAUACUUCCAUGGCUCAGGGCGUCUUUAUCGAAAUGGUCCUCACAGCUGAGCUGGUCUUCACCGUCUUCAUGCUUGCAAAGGAGAAACACAAGGCGACGUACAUGGCUCCCAUCGGCAUUGGAAUGGCGCUGUUCAUCGCAGAGAUUGUCGGCGUAUUCUUCACAGGUGGCUCCUUGAAUCCUGCGAGAUCAUUCGGCCCUUGCGUGGUGGCCGGUAAUUUUGACUUGGAGCACUGGAUCUACUGUGAGUACAAUCUUCCACAAAGUCGCAUGUCUUCGGCUGAUGAGUGCGCGCAGGGGUCGGUCCGUGUUGUGGAACGCUCGUAGCCUACGCAUUCUAUCGAUUCAUCAAAAUCCUCGAGUACGAGAUGGCCAACCCGGGCCAGGACGACUCUGCAGAGGAAGCUGAGCACGCCGCGACCAUGAAGCGUGCCGAUACAUACGUGUGA